UGAAUCUCAUUUAUGAUUUAACCAAAUCCCCGGGACUUACUUUCUCUCUCUAAAAGCAAUAUCUUGUAGAGAGAGAAAUAGAAUGUGCCCUUUACGAAUUAUUCUCAUAUUUCUGUCGGCGACUCUCGCCGGAUUCUUCGUUCUCCGGAACAUCAAAUCUCAAUCUGAUACUUCUUCGGACACCGACGCUGCUACUGCUGCUGCCGACGAUUCCACAUCAUUCUGCAAAUCAUCCCCGUCUGCCUCCGUCGGACGAUCAUCCUCUAAGAUUUACGGUGCUUUUGUGAACGGAUUUUGGACUUGCGUUGAUAUGGCGAGUGGACGGUAUUUGUGGAGAAACCUAGUUUCUGCUUCCAAACAAUCGGAUUAAUCUUCUGAUUCUGUUGAAACUUUGUGUGGAUGUGGGCUUCCUUUUCUAUGUACAGUUUGGAACCGGAUUGGAUAUGAAUUUGUGUUUUGAUCAUUCUGUAUGUUGUGUUUUUGGCUUAUUUAGGUCAAUCUGUCAUAAGUCUCAAAGCUGUAG